AUGGCUGGAGCGGUAACUUCAAUCAUCAGCCACAACGGAACGUGUGUAAGCGAGAAGCACAUUGCUGAGGUUGAUGGCACAGCACUGAGAUCGGUUGACGUUAACGAAGGGGAUGUCAUCACCAACAACACCAGAAGCAAUAUACCAGCGGACAAACCUGACGAUGAGCAAGCGUUGGAUGAUAACAGCGAUGCACAGUCUGUUGGCGGGCAGAGAAACACAAUGUCAAACAAGCGACUUAUGAUUGCUCUCCCUGCCCUCUCCGUCUGUCUUUUUGUCUCAUUCGUCGACCAAACCUCCGUGUCAACCGCGACGCCAGCCAUCGCAGGCGAUCUGAACACAGGGAAUGCAACUUCCUGGAUUGGAACAUCAUUCCUUAUUGCUUCAACGGCCUUCCAGUUGAUCAAUGGCCGGCUCUCGGACAUAUUUGGCCGGAAGAACAUGCUUCUGAUCUGUCUCUUCCUGAUGGCCUUGGGAGAUCUUGGAUGUGGCUUUGCCCGGACUGCAGAGCAACUGUUCGCCCUCAGGUCAAUCGCAGGCAUUGGCGGUGGUGGAAUCAACAGCCUUGUCAUGAUCAUCAUAAGCGACAUAACCACGCUUCACAACCGGGGAAAAUACCAAGGUAAUAUCUCAAACUUUCGAGAUUGUCUCCUUGCUAAAUCAGCGCAUCAGGCUAUANUUGGUGCCAUAAUUGCCCUUGCUAAUGGAGUCGGUCCCUUUCUCGGAGGCGCUGUGGUCGAAGGCGCCACUUGGAGGUGGGUGUUCUGGAUGAUUCCUAUCAUGACGAUACCCACAGCUCUGGUUAUCCUCUUCCUGCUACCACUGAAACAUCGCUCGGGCAACUUCGGUGAAAAGAUGAAGAUGAUUGAUUAUGGUGGCAUCGUACUGAACAUUGCGUCCACGCUUCUCAUUCUUGUGCCGCUGUCCGGAGGUGGUGUGACUUAUCCGUGGUCAUCGGCUUUCUUCCUUGCUGCUACUAUCAUGGGUGUAGUUCUGGCUAUACUCUUCGUACUCUACGAAUGGAAAGCUGUUGCCUUACCGCUCAUGCCACUCCGACUGUACCAGGCCCCGCACUGUUGGGCGCUCUAUCUUCAGACUUUCUUGACUGGCCUGGCUUAUUACGGCAACCUUUUCUACCUGCCCAUCUACUUCCAGUCGAUUCUAAGGUACUCACCACUGGUCUCUGGAGCCUUGAUUCUGCCUGUCGUUAUCACUUCGUCCAUUACGUCCAUCCUAAGUGGUCAGUAUAUGGCUCGAGUUGGUAGCUAUAUGCACUGUAUUGUGGCUGGUUUCAUUCUUUGGACCUUGGGAAGUGGCCUUACUUUCAUGUUCGAUCGAAACACUGGGCUGGGCCGGCUGAUCAUCAUCCUUAUCAUAGAGGGUGCUGGCAUUGGAUUGACACUGCAACCUACGCUCAUCGGGAUGUAUGCCAAUGGCCGUAGCGAAGACAGAGCCGUGACCACCGGGCUGCGCAACUUCAUCCGCACUAUUGGCGGAGCCUUCGGUCUCGUCAUAUCUGGUGUGACUCUAUCGAACACUCUAAGCUUGGACUUGAAGAAAGCUGGCUUUGUAUCAGAUGUUUUGAUUGCUGAGCUCACAUCUUCCGCGUACGCUCUCGACAAACUUGAUUUGAGUGUGGCCUCGAGGGAGAAAGUUUUGGAUGCGUACAUGUUGGGACUACAUUACAUCUUUGUGCUCUUUACAGUAUGUGCAGGGUGUGGCUUGCUAUCAAGUUUCUGGAUCAGUAAUACCAGUUUGAAGGCUCCGAAGCAAGCUGACACGGAAGCGACGAGCGAUGAGGAAGCAGACGGGCAAGGAAGGCAGUGCCCCGAUGACAGCCAGCCAGACCUGGAAAGGGGCCAUGUGCAAGGGGAAUCGAGCACAUGA